AUGCAAAAAAACGUUCGACUUGGUACUGGGUAUAGUUCGCAAACAGAAGUUCUAAAUGACCUCUUUGCAAACGAAGAUGCAAUGCAGAUUGUUGAAACAAUAGCUCAAAAUGGAUAUUUUCCUGAUGAACCACCUGUUGUAGUGAAAGAACUAGGAAAGCUUGUGGUACUGGAGGGCAACAGAAGAGUAGCUUCAUUGAAGGCAAUGCACACUCCAUCUAUUGCGCCAAAAAGAUAUGCGGGCCGAAUAAAAAAAUUAAUGACAAACAGAAUCCCUAUUGAUUCUGUUUGGGUUCAUGUGGCCACAUCCAGAGAUGAAGCCAUGGAAUACCUGGCUGCUAAACAUACGAAAACAACGCGCAAACCAUGGACAGCAUUACGACGUGCUUAUUUUUAUUAUGCGCAAAAAGAAAGUGGACAGAGCAUUGAUCAACUGAUACAACGAUACAAAGGCGUCGACAUCCCCAGCUAUAUUAAAAUGCAUGAAAUGCACAAUGUGGCUAUAUCGCUCAAACACAUUUCAGAAGAAACUAGAAAAAAAGUAUCGAACAAGGGGACUUUUACCAUCUCGACCCUGGAACGUUUUUAUAGCGACAAUCAUAUACAAAACACGCUGGGUAUCAACUUUAAUAAGACCACAGGCGAGGCUACAAUACCCGCUACUGAUGACUUUGACAAGGUGUAUUCACGAGUAGUUACAGAUAUCGCAUCUGGAAUUGCCACGUCGCGUAAACAACUUGCUAAAGAAAAACAGAGGAAAACUUACAUUGACUCAGUCAUUAAUGAGGUUCUGGACGGCAGGGACCUUAAUAAGAAAAGUAAAAAGGCCGCGGCAAGCUUUAAACCUACAAAUUCAAUCAAACAUAGUCAGAAGGGGCUAAUUCCCAAACAUUUUGAAGAUACGUUGAACGCGCCGGGUGUAGGGCGGGUCAUGUGGGAAUUACAAACGAUUGACUAUGCAAAAUUUCCAAACGCAACAGCAGACUUACUCAGGACCUUCCUAGAAAUCACCCUCAAAAAGUAUUUGGAGGAAACUAACAGUCUUCCUUCAAGAAAACCAGGCUCGUUUAUUUUUCUUGCAAAUGUUUUGCAGAAACUUAAAACGGAUUUGCAGGCGGUUUCUAAUCAUGGCCUAGUCCAAGUUAUCAACGAGGUACAAAACAAUAAAUGGUACUUGGACAGUAUAAACCACAAUCCUGACAUAUUCGCUGUAGAAAGUCGUGUAAAAGAUGCCUGGGAUCAGAUACAACCCUUGAUAAAAUUUGUAUUUGAUGAUUACAGAAAUAGAACAACUAAAUCGAAAGGCUAA